UUGAAUAAUAUAGUGCUACGACACGCGUGUAUUCAGGAUGUACGACCUAUUAUAACCCAGUUCAACGUGCAUGACGUGUAUUUUCCCAGCUAUUUAUAGCGCUAAAUCAUAUAUAUAUAUUAUUCAGCUGUGAACAGCGUAAUGUUUCGUUCCAUAGACAGUUUCUAAAGAAACUAGGCAAGUGUCGGGGUCACCUGUUUCUAAAGAAACUAAGCAAGUGUCGGGGUCCCCUGUAUAGCAGCCAAGACCUGGUUGUAUGUCACAUAUAGCCCGUGUCUUUCCCCUUGUGAUGGACGUGUAGAUCGGAUCUCUCCUCCACCUAGCGAGACCUGGAGAGCGCACGAACCACGCUCUAGGGCGGGCCAUGUCGGGAUGGAUGGGCCCAAGGACUGUCACGUUGAUAAUGUUGAUGACUGUCGGCCUGCGCGUGGUCGCAGGUGAAGUUUGGGAACUCAAUACGACACGACUAUCACCAUACUUGAUGCGGAUAGACUGCUCCUUGAACAAAGGAUUUCAACCAGAUGACAAGAUAAGAAUAGUGCAACCCCCAAACAAUGGAACGAGGACCACCUGCCGAUUUCCAUCAAAAUGUAUAUUAAAUGAUCGAAAUGAUAGCGUCUUUUAUGGGCAACGGAAUACAACGUUAUCCAUAAUCUUCACACCAGAGAAUAGUGGUCUGUACUCAUGCAUUUACAACGAGGACCAUGGCGCCAUUGCUUCAGGUUGGGUCACUGUGCAGGAACCAACAGACACGACGACGCCCCCCCGCGACCCCAGCACUGCAGUCGGUCUAGAUACGCCUUCAACGGCAGAACACGUUACAGAAGCGACCACAAACCUCACUGGAGACUCCAGUACUGACGAGAAAGCUUUUAUAACAUCAAGCACAGAGACACCUGCAGCUGCGAGGGGCUUCAGCCAAUCUGAACCUGGCAUUUGGGUCACGUGUCUUGGACUCAUCGUCUACCAGUGCGCAUAACAGCAGAUAAGCAGACAAAAAGCCAACACGUUGUGGAUGUUUAACUAAAUGAAUGAGUCACUCUGAUUUCACAUAAUUACCAUAUUUUGCCAUAUGUGAAUGCAUUUAAGAGAAUUCACUCUUCUAUUGAAAUGGGUCAAUUCUCACUCUGGGGCGGUGGGGUAGCCUAGUGGUUAAAGCGUUGGCUUGUCACGCCGAAGACCCGGGUUCGAUUCUCCACAUCAUUACAAUUCUGGUGACCCCGCCGUGAUA